AUGGAAAUACUCGAGAUCGACGCCGACUCCGGCCUCGUCGUUGGCUUGAACGGAACCGAGGCGUUCUUGUGGCGCCUACCACCUCUACAUCAAACUUCAGGGGAUGUGCCGAUGAGGGGCUCGGUGGGGGAGGUUGAGGUUCCGACACUGCCGAACACCUCUCUCGGUGGUGACGCCAAUGGCGGUUUCGAAGGGCGUCGUUAUCAAUACCUGGGAAGCAUGCCAGAUCUCCAUUCUUCUGAGGUUACCGCGAUUGGCGUGCGGGAGCCGCUGCUUGCCACUGGGCUCGCCAACGGGCGAAUUUUUCUCUGGAGAAUUAACGCCUCAUCCUCGUGCAGCCUCAAGCGGAUAGUCCUCGCCGUGUUCGACGCACACGACGCAUUCCCGAUCUUAACCCUCCGCCUCCUUCGGUCGUGUGGGGCUUCCGACCAAGGGGUCACGUCUCCGUCUUCGCCGGCAGCCCCUGGCGUAGACGAACUUAAGUCUAGUAAGGGGGUCGACGCAUCCUCUGGUGUCAUCAACAACGGGAGGGGCGGCAGUUCAGAAGACUGGUCAAUAAUUUCUGGCGGCGGCGAUGGGACCGUCGCUCACCUGUCCGUUGUCGGCUUAGCUAGCGCGCGGGAGGCUGCGAGCGGGGUGGCCGAGGCUGGUGUGGAGCUUCGCAUGAUUGGAGACUACGAGGCGUCGCGAAAGACCCGAAGUGCGCAUUAUACCUCUGUCAGCGCCACAAGCGGAGACCGCGUAGGCAACGGCCGGUUCGCGGCCAACAGAAGGCCCGGGGUUUCCCACAUCAUGGCAAUACGUUUGUCUGCCGGCGAGGAAGCGGGGGUGUUCGGCAGCGGGGUGGACACAAGACGUGCCGCUGCCGACACCACUGGGCGGGGAACGUCUCUUUGCACAGGGAAAGGCGGAGAGAAUUUCCAAGCGCCCGCGAAAGGGAGCAGCUGGGCGGAGGUUAUUGCAUCCGCGAGAGGAAAAAGCGGUGGUGGUGGCAGCGGGAGGGAUUUUUGCGUCGCCGUUUCUGGAGGGCUAAUCUCAGUUCUGGAGGUGGUCGAGCCUCUGCAGCACGUCGGGUGGGUAGGGCGGGAGACAACCGCAGACUUGACUGCAGGCGUCUACGGGGGCGGCGGGAAAAAGAGGGAGGUUGCACGAAUGAUGAGGGUACCUUCGGUGUGGCGGUCGGCGAGGGAGGAGGACAUUGAUUGCGCGGCGGAUGAUUUCAUGGUCAUGUGCGACGACGGAUGGUUCGGAUGGUACCAUGGCUAUCAUGGAAGGUUUGAGCUGGUCUCUAGGCUUACACUUACAGCACCUGGUGGCAGUCACUUCGCGGAAGCUACGGCAGCGGGCAGUGAUACCACGUGUUUCGCCGUCUGCCCCAUCCCGGCGGUUGGCCGGAACACUUCGGCGAACGACUCAGUCGUGUCCUGCAAAUAUGCCUUUAACGCCGGAGCCCCAGAGUCUGCCAGAAUAGUUGUGGGUUAUAGCGACGGGUCGAUUGCUUGCGCGUCCUUGCCAGCCCCAAGUUCUUCCACGAACCACCCGCUCCCGACCUUCGGCACCGGAUCACGACACCACGAGAGAGAGAGGGGCGAGAGAACGGUGCGACGGUUGCGAAGGGCCGGCGGGGGAGGGGGAGGGGGAGACGGCGGAGGAGGUGCGGCUAUCGAGGCCGCGAUAACAGCACUGUGCCCGCUUUCAGCCCCGCUUGUUGUUGCCGGUGACUCGGACGGGAGGCUGGCUCUGUGGACGACCUCUUCCGCGUUACCCCCGGAUGGAAGCCCUCUCCUGUGGGAAGACCGAAACGCGCACAGAGGUGUGGUCAUCGCCAUCGAACGAGUCAAAGAAUCUACCCCCUCAACUCCAGCCUCCGGGUUGUCCUGCAACGGAAGUACGCACGCUGCCCACCGCACCUCGCGACCGCGCGAGUGGGUCGUGUCUGUCGGAAGCGGGGGCGAAAUACGAGUGUGGAACGUCCCCUCGCGCUGGCCUGGUGGGGCUGCGGUGGGGCGCGGAAGGGACACUGGAGGGGGGCUCGAGUUCCGCGCGACUUUGCUGACGAACUCUUCGAUAUGCUCGUUUUCGUGCGCGCUGUUGCUCCCGUUGGGUGAUGCUUGCAUCGGCGAUGGCGGCGGCAUUAAUGGCUGCGGUGGAAAUGGGGGAUUCGGCCAAGUUCAGUGCGAGGAUCACGAACGAGAAAAAUCUCAAGAGCAGGGAGAGAAGAGGCGGUGCAGGUCCGGAGCAAGGCCGGGGGCAGGGCAGGCGGAAGCCACAGGGGGGCGAUUGUACUGCGUCGCCGGCUCGGACAACGGGUUUGUGCAGGCGUGGGAGCUGAGUCUGGAUGGGGAGGAGGGCGUCGGGGGGCAACCACUUUGGUCGCAGAAGACACAUGACGCGGCGGUCACUAAAAUGGAUAUGUGGGAAUUGUACCCGUCAGACCCGGACGGCCCUAAAGCGAGGAAAACCACCGGUCUCAACAUCUCCAGCAGCACGACCACCAGCGUGCCGGAGAUACAUGCGAAGGGACCAAGAGAAGCGCUCGUUGUCCACCAUAAAAAGGAGAAGGAAAACAACGCCGGACUUGAAAGCAACGAGGCACCACCACCAUCACCUCCGCACUGUCAAGCAGUUGGGAAAGGAGGAAGACGCGGCGCGGCCAAACUGGUGGAAAAUUCCGUCACGGAGUGCUUGGUGCUUUCGGCGGCUUUGGAUCGCACGUUGUGCGUGUUUAGGGCCCGGCAUGGUCGAGCUUUGCACCUUUUGAGGAGACUCAACGUGCCUUGCUCUCCCAGGGGCCUCCCUGGAGCUCUGUUCGUGGGUAUUCCCGUGGAACGCGCGAGUGAAGGCGUCACGGGAACGCAGCUUAAGUCAAAAGCUGGGGCAGCUUCAUCAGCGACUGGCGGCCCCGGUGGGGCUAGUGGUGCCGAUUCUCACGGGGAGAGAGGGACGAAACGAGUUCGACCGGAAGCCAGAGAUAGCGGUAUCAGGGGACAACCCGGACCACAGCGCCAAAGGCCGGGCGUAGGCAUGCUCAAAAACAAGAAGCUCAAGAACGGAGGCGGCCGCUGCGGCGGCGGGGACGACAAUGGCGAUGGCUUCGUCGCAACUCAGCAGGCGGUGAACUCUCUGGGUGCGUCAUCAACGGGUACAACCAAAGAUGGGUUCGCGGGCAACGCCGGGCGAUGGCAGCAGCGGCUAGGCAUUACCGUGGAAGGUGAAAGUAGCGGCCCGGGGGAGAACGGAGGCGAUGAAGGUGCCCCUCCCCAUGAAGCCACAACCGCGAGGGAAUUGAUGGAGGACACGGCGCUGCGAGAAGCAUUUGCAGCUAGAGGGCGGCAUAAGAAAUCCCCCGUUUUAGCACGCGAGGUGAAGGCUACGCUGAAGGCAUGGUCACCUGGGGUUAUGGAGGCGUGUAGCCGAGCGGACUUCUCCGCGGCUAUGGGAGACCUGACUAGCCGCGAAACAGUGUCGUUUCAACGCGUCUGCGAGAUCGCGGCCGCCGUACUGGAGGCCACUGGAGGGGUUGCCACCAGGAGGGCCGCUGGACAGGAGAUAGGCUGCACAAGCGUCGCCGCCUCUUCGACGAUUGCUUCUCGGCAAGGCAACAACGCCCGGAGAAGAGAUCACCACCCUCUGCUGUCGGCGAAGCAGUGUGACUCCGGAUCUCGCCCGGCCCGAUACCGGAACAUGGCAAAGUUCAAGACGAGACUGCAGUACAAUAGCAUGGGAGAGCGGGUCGUCGUGCGCGUGGCGGUAGACGACAUCGACGCCUUUGCGGCUCGGUCCCGCCAGGGCCCCCACCUCGCGCAGGACCAGCGAAAGCAGCAACAUCGACAGGGCUUUGAUGGCGGAGCCGGUGGUUGGGAUCCUCAGGCCGCUCAACCGGACGUCUGCGGUUCAGAGGAUAAAGUGAUCGCCAGAUCAUGCCCGACGCUCAUUCUCACCCUACGGCAGGUCGUGGACCACAUGUAUUCCGAGGACGACCUUGAUUCCCUAGCCCGGCCUUCCCGGGCAACGGCCGCGAACCUCGGCUGCGUGCCCGCCGGCCUCAGGGGCGUCUGGAGCAGGCAGGGCUCGUGCAUGUUCUCUUCGUGGUCCGCCUCCCACCACGCGGAACGACCCGCGGACCAACUCCCGGCGGAGGGAACAGACGGCACCGCUGAGGUGAUGGGGGAGGGAGAAUGCGUCCGCCUGGUACGCGAGGUCUUGGACGGUAGGGCAGCGGCAAGGGAGGCCGCUCUCAUGGCCUGCAGACGCCUGGGCAGGUGCGCUCCGGAUUCCCACGCGAUCGUCGUCGAUGACGGCAUCUACAGCGAAAACAGUCGCGGAGAAAAGUGCGAUGCAUCCGCCUGCUUCGACCUUGAGGAGGACACAUCAUGCUGUCCUGCGUCGAGGGUAGAAACCCUCGGCGUUGCCCUGUACAGAGACUUUCGGAGGCGCUACGGGUUGCAGCGCACCGCGGAGGAGAGGGUGGCGGGGCUGCUGGGGGCAGUCCUCGAGCACGGUCCGGCGUCGCCGGUGCUGCGCCUCUUCGCCAGGAUGGUAGGAGCGCCGGCGGGCGCAAGCGGGGAAGGUCGCUGGCCAUCGCAGACCCCAUCGGAAGACGCUAAUCUUGGACUGGAACCCCAGCUCGUGAACUUGGUCACAGCGGCUAGACAUUGGCUCAUCACGAGGGGCUUCAUGACUACGGACGGCCCGUGGGCCGGGGUCGGUGAGAACGGGAAAACUAUGAGGGAUAGCGGUUUCGGAAUCGGCUGGAGAACGACCAUCGUCGCUCGUACGCACGCUGCCAUGUGCGCAUCGGCUCUGCUGACGCCCGGUUGGGGAGCCGGGCACCAGAUCAUGGGAGCGGCCGAACAGAAACUCGCUAGUACAACCAACGAUGGGCUGUUCGGGCGGAGAGCCAUGGCGGGACACUCUUUUUUGCUCGCCAAAGCCCGGGACAUCAACGCCGGGGCCUCAGCAGCAGCGACAGAGCACGAACAAGACGCCGCUCAGGUUGGAAGGAAAACCACCACGGAGCGAAGUCUAGAGUCCCUUCUCGACACAGUCUCGAAGAGUCCACCCUCUCUUCUCGCCGCUCCGGCUUCUGGAGAAUAUUAUCGAACGAGAAUUGCGUCUUCGGGCGACAACAGCGGCAGAGGCAUCAAAGGGGUUGGCAGCGGGGACUUUCGUGGAAACCAGGCCGGCGAUGCCCACGCAGAGGGUGAACCUGUUGUUCCCAACCAAAACAACGAUGACGACGACGAAGACCACAGCAGCAACAACAACAGCAGCAGCAGCAAGAACUUCCCGGCUAGCAACAACAACCCACCCGAUACGGAAGAACAAGAUGGCGGUGGGGCGAAGGGGACAAGGUUCCGAAACCGAGAAAACGAGCUCGGAGAAGGUGGAAAAGUUCUACAGCGACUAAAGCCGUUGCUCGACAACUUCAUUCUCGAAGACACACAGCGCACAGGAACGCUUCCCGCCGCUGACUUCCGAAGAGUCUUGUGUGAGGGUCACGGGGGAUUGUGGCCCGGUUUGGGUACCUCGGUGAGGAGCGAUAUCGGCUUCGUCCUCAUACCCGAAGAAAGCGCCGCAGAGUUCAUCGACCCUCGCUUGACAUCUCCGGAGAACGACGCGGCACGAGCGCUGGUCCGACGUUUCAUGGACGUUUUCGACGGUCAGGCGUGCUACCUGGACGUGUGGAUAACUCUCUACCACGCUGUCUUUCGAACCGGCAAGAUUGUUCCUUUCACGGAGUUGCCAUCCAUCUGUGAGAUGCAGCUACGCGGGGCAGACACCGAGCAUUGGCAAGCCCUCCUCGAGUACUUGGAGACCGCCGGGAUUGGGGACGCCUCUCCCAAACACUGCAUCAGCGAGCGAUCGAGCGGGGGGGGCGGCGAACGGGAAGACUGGCCAGUAGGAGUCAGGGCGCUGUCAAGCAAAGGGCAGCCCUCGGGGUCAACGUUGGAUCACAGCGGGAGAGACGCUUUUAAACAAGAGGGAGGAGGGUGCGCCAGUUCUCACGUCUCAACGAUGGCCAGGGGAAGUUCGACGCCUGUGCUUGGCCUCUUGCGCACGGCCAUCAACGGUGGUGCUGCCUCUUCCCAUACCGUGACGGCGGGGACAUCAGCCCGUCGUCCCCGCCCUUCUACAGCCACCAAAACCGCCCCUGCUACAGCCAAGCCAGUAAAGGGACCAGUCGAGUGGCCUCGGGCCGGCUGGGGACCAGGAUCCCUUACCGUGUCACGCCCUCCUCGCGCUGCUGGGCCAUCUGGGACGACCCUGCCAACCGCUGCAGUAACCCUGGCAUUGAACCCGCUGGGGAUUCAUGGAGGUGAAGGGGUGGGAGUGUGUGGGGCCGCUGAGGUCCUUGGGGAGUUGGGUCUGGAAAGCGAAGGUGUUCGAGUUGGUGGCGGGGGCGUUGUUGCCGACGGCCCUGCAUGUGUCGGAGGCGGAGGAAUUCUCGAAGAAGGGAACCCAACCAGAUCACCACACCACUCCCGGGCUCAGAUACAGUUGCAAUUUUCGUCGCAGCCGCUUGCCGGGGAGGGGUCAUGGGACGGUGGCGGCGGCGCCGACGGGCGGGGGGGGGGCAGAGAAGGCCGCCAAGAGGCGGAAAAUGACAUAUCGGUUAUACGGGAUGAAGAUGUUCCGGGCGACGAGGGUAACGGCGGUGAUCACAGCAGGAAAAACAACCGGGGGGUUGAUUGGUCAGAAGAUGCUCCGCAUUCCGGCUACGACCAAGACAGAUAUCCGUCCCAGCAGGCGCACCCGUCCCGAUUCGAUGAGGACUCGAUGUCCGGAGGCGUAUUGCUCUACAACCUCGACUGCGGGACGCUGGAACCCCCAUCUCCACAACCGCCGUCUCCUGAGCAGCAGGGGGGUGGGAGAGAUAACGUGGGCACGGAGCGGGGGCAGCAGUCCACAGGCGUUGGUAGGAGGAAGAAGCGGAGGGAAAAGAGAACAAUGACAUCCCUCUACGUCAGGUGUCCUUUCCUAGACCCCGUGAAGAGCAAACACGCCUACCGGGUGCCCCGCGGGAGGCGGCUCAACGCCCCCCCGCCUAUGCCUAUCUUCCGUGAGGCGGUCGACUCAGCCUCGAUGGCUGCCCAGCUGUACUCUUCCAUCGCUAGCGUCAAGGCAAAGAAAGCAGCGGCCGAUUCGGCCGUUCACGCUGAGCGGCAGCAAGAUCUGGGUUCGAGGGGCAGGAAAGACAAGAACAGAAAUCGGCACCGAGACGCCGGAGGAGGAACAGGGGGGCCUCUCGAGCUACACUUUCCUCAAAGUCUGAAGGAGGCGACGCUACGCGAAGGGAGUUCCCAGAGCAGAGAGAGGCGCCAUGAUACGGCAGGAAGGUACACCCCAGGUCCCGGGGGGGGCGGAGGGCGGGGAGGAGAGGAAGCGCACAUGGCUGCUGCGGAAGACCGGGAAUCUUGGACUGGGCAGCGGCAAAGAAGGAAAAGCACCGAUGUUGGCGCAGCGAGUUCCGAGCCGCCCGCGGCAGGAGACAUAGAGGCGGCACUCUUAGCAUCAGCCGUCGACGACAAUCUAUCAAUUGAAGGGCGAAGAGGGUUUGUGCUUGCUGGGACUGCCACCGGGAAGAGGGUCGUGAGUCCUAAGGCAUCUAGGAGCCCUCCCCACACCCGCGGCGGAGGCGUCGGCCGCCGCCUUCAAUCCCCUGGGUUCACGCCCCCCCGUUCCCGAGAGUCACCAACGCGACCGCUGACAGCCGCUAGUGCCGAACCAGGAAACACCUCUCCGGCUACCAAGGAAGCAACCGCGAGCGGUACCGUCAACGAACAGGACCCGUCCGACUCCAAAGCGCCAAAUGUCGACGGAGAGCCUCCGGCGGGUAAGGCACCACCUCCCAGAGCGGCUGGACAGACGAGAAGGGCGCGCGGGAGAGGGAGGAGGGGGUCGGCUGGUAGACGUGGGCGGGAAAGGGGCAGGGGCAGGAGGGGCCCGGAAACCACGGGCGACAGUGAUGAUGAUAGCGACGACGACGGGCAGGGCGGGAGUGGGGUGGACGCGAAGAAGGCCUCCCAGCAGAGGAUGAUCGAGGCCAUGAUGGCCGAACAGGCGGCGAAACGCCGAGCUUCCGGGGAUGCGAUGAAGCGUCUAAUUGCCGAAGAAGAGGAACGCAAGAGACUACGGAAGGCGGAAGAGGACGCAGAAAGGAUAGCGCAGGAGAAGGCAAAGCAAGAGCUCGAGGAGCGACAGAGGAGGGAGCUGGAGGAGAGGAGGAAGGCUUUAGCAAAAAAACGAGCCGAUCUAGAAGAGAAGAACCGCCGGCUCGAGGAGGAACGAUUGAAAAAGGAGGCAGAGCGGCAGGCUGCGGACCAAGCCCGUCGCGAGGCGAACGAAGUCCGCCGUCAGCAAGAGGCUGCCAGGAAGGCCGAGGAAGAGCGAGUUGCCAGAGAGGAGGAUGCCAGGUUGGCCAAAGAAGAAGAGGAAAAGCUGAAAAGGGAGGAGGACGAACGCCUCGCGGAAGCUGAAGAAGCGCUCAAGAGAGCAGCAGUGGAGAGGGAGCGAGCACGAGAGGCUGGGGAGCAACAGAGGAUGACACAGCACGACGAAGACAUCGACAUUGUACUCAGGGCAAACGUCGCCAUAGCACAGGAGGAGGCAAAGCUAGAGAGAGAGGCAGAAGCAGUUCGGGAGGCGGAGGAGCUGGAAAGGGUCGCCCAAGAUGCGAAACGAAAGCAUGCCUGCCUGCUGAUGAGCAAAGCGGACGAAGAGUCCGCACUGUGGAACGAACGCUGGCAGAUGGAGGAUGCCGUCGUCAAGGUCGAGCUUCAGGAGGUGAAGAAGAAGAAGAAGCGAGCGCGCUCGCGGGUUGUUCGGGACGAACAUGGCAACCCGGUGGACAUCAGACUAUGGGAGAUGGAGUGCACGGCUCAAACAGAUUUCGCCGGGCGGCUCGUCCAGCAGGAGUGCUAUGUCGAUGGAAGCGGCGGAUACACCUUCGAUCCGAGAGACGUUUUCCAAGGGGAAGGUGGGGGUAUCGGCGGACGGGGAGGAGGCAGGGGAGAUGGCACCACUCUGCCCGACGCUGCUGGCACGAGCGCUGAAGGCGGAACUGAAGGACAAGAAGAGGGAACCUCUGACGGGGAAGACGAAACGUGCCUUGACGCCGAGGGUCUCCUUGAGCGUGAAAGGCGUUGGAUGGAGGGGAUCUUCGCGGCCUCCCGCCCGGACGAUCUCAGUUGCCUGUUCCAGGACUCAACCGGCUCUGGCAAGAACAACCCUGAUGCGUUUUUCCCGAUGGUAUUGAGCGAAAGGGUGGCUUGGCCCGAGUACAUGAACAUGGUCAAGGCGGCCCUCGUUGCGCAGGCAGACGCUAUCAUCAAGCAAGGGGUCGCGCUUGAAGCCUCCAGCGGCACGCGGGGAGGAAACGGAGCCUGUGACGUUAACGGAGGUGGCUCGGACGAAGGUAGAACGCGCGCUGUCACCUCGUCUAGCGAAAAUAUUACGGCUGUGCUCAACCCUUCCCAAAGACUCCAAACCCCUGGGAAUGCACCCGAGUUUGUGGCCCAAGGAGGGCAUGGCAGCGGCGGUGGGUCCGAUAUUGUUCGAGGUGAACAACAGCAGCGUUCAACAGCACGCAAGGCCGAGAACACGAGGGACCCAUCGGGAGUAGUAGCAGCAGCAGGAGCAGCCGAAAGCAUAAACGGUGCGUACCCUCCACCUAUGGCACCCCCUUCUCAUCGCUACGAACAAAGAGCAGCAGCCGGAACAGGAGCGGAGAUGAAGAUACGGCCAGUCAAGCUGGGGAGAACGGUGCGGGGAACUACCGGUGUUGGUCCCGAAUCCAGGGCUUUCUUCCGUUUCGACCUCCCGUCCACCGGCGUAAUCGUUACCGUCGUACUCGAGGUGGCCGACGGUGACCCGGAAAUUAUGGUGACACGAGGAGUCCUGCCGUCGUUGGGGCAAGACGAGGCAGCACGGGAUGGCAGCGACGUUAGUGGGUGGAAGUCCUCGUCCACACAACGGGAUCUGCACGUCGUGAAGAUCUUUCCGCGGGAUACUAACUACGGCCCAGGAGAGUACUUCGUCGGUAUCGUGUCCAGAGGCAACCCGUCGAGGUUUCGGCUCAGAGUUUCGGCUGCGUCCCCAGCCGAUGAGAUAUCGACACACAUGCGAACGGCGACAGCAAUUGUGGACAACUUGGCCGUCAUGUCUAACAUGGACCCGCACCGCCUUGUGAAGGACUUCGUGGGGGCCCGGCUGGAGGCCGAAGAGACCCUUCGAAAGCAGCGGGCGGCGGCCCUGCUGGAUAGGGUCGUGGAUAGCCCAGAAGUCGCCCUGGACGCAUCCCAUCGGAACUCGCUUCAGCUUGACGAAACGAUCUCGGGAAGACAACCGCAGGACCAAGGGCUUCUUGAGCAGCACCAGCGACCGGACAGCUCUUCCGGCUCCGAACAACACUCACUGCGACCGGGGCCCGCGGAGGACUCUUCUCCGGCAAGUGACGCUCGCCAUCACGUGGUUUCCAGCGCGGUUACUCCUAGCCCAUCUGCAGGAGAUGAGACGCCGCGAAGCGGUGCCUCUGCUCGCGACUUGUGCAACGAAGGAGCACUUCAAACAGAUGGCGAACAGCGGUUGCUCGGGGCGGCUCCCGUUGCUCUUACCGCUCUUCGGCAACGAGAGCGGGCGCUCGCGUCGCCGGUUGCGGUCCUCGACGACAGGAUGGCCCGAGCCAGGCCGACGGGCCUCUUGGCAACUGUGCGACCAGCGUCUGUAUCUGUCUCCACCCUCGUAUCCCAUAGCGCUCCUGUGCCAGCUGUGGGUCUAACGUGUUUCGACCGCAGCAGUGAUGAAGAUGUCGUCGACGAUGCUGCAGGCCGAGUGGUUGCCUUCGGCGCAGAACUCAGAGGCAACGCGGCGGUGGCUUCAAACGAAGCUGCCGUGGCGGCUACUCACGGGCGAUACCUGUACGGCCAACGGCGUAGACGGAUGUCUGUGCCGCUUCUCGCGUCUCUCGCUGGAGGGGACGAGGAUGCGGGAGCUUUGGGUUCGGGGGCGCGUGCUAGGGAGAUGAGACGGCCGUGGACCACCCCGAAUAGCGAAGGGGAAGCAGAAGUGAUCAUGCGGGAGGAAAGAGAGGAGGAUAGUAGCCGAGGGGGCGUCACCGUCCGACCGUUCAGGCACUCCCGCACCUCAGGUGUCGCGGACGUCUACGUUGUCAUCGGGGUUAGGAGCGGGAUCGAGAUCGGGGCUGGAGGCAGUGCGGGCGGAGCGUGA